GGACGACGGCUUAAAUCUCCAUUAAACCUUCGAGCUCGACUUUUUCCCAAAUUGAUUUUUGAGUCAAAGCAAAUGGCUUUGGCAAUCUCCAAUUCCCUUCGCUGCCCCAAUCCCAAGCUUCAUCUUCCUCAAAGGAAUUCUAAUUCUCCUCCAAAUGCUUCGCUUUCCACUUUUCCAUCUUCCUUCCUCAGGUUUCAGAGGACAUUAACAUGGAAGGGGAGAGUAGUUUGUUGUGCUGCUGCUGCAGCUGGAAGUUCUAGUCCAGACAGUGACAUAAAUCCAUACGAGGUUCUUGGUGUUAACCCAAUUGAGGGUUUUGAUACAAUAAAGGCGAAAUAUAAGAGAAAGCGCAAGGAUGCUGAGAAUAGAGGUGAUGAAGCAACUGCUACCAGACUGGAAAAGGCAUAUGACAAGGUCAUGAUGGCACAAUUACAGAAUAGGAAGAAGGGCAUGACAUUUGGUUCAUUCAAGGUCUCUAAGGAUGUUAAAUAUGCUGAUAAGCAGCCAAUUGUACCGUGGGGGCCAAGAUUCACCAAGUCCUCUGUGCAAGAUAUACGCAUCAACCUUGCAAUAUCUGCCGUCUUUAUGGCUUGGAUUCUCAUCAAGCGGAAUGCUGAGUAUAAACCUUUGCAGUUUCUAGGUUUUGCAUUUGUUUAUCGGUUAUUUGAGAAGCUGAAGUCUUUUGAACCAGCUGUAUCACCAACAUUUACAGAAGAUGGUGAAGAUUCAGGGAGGGGACUGCGUAUGGGGAAACGGCUGCUUCGUUCCCUUUGUCUAGUUUUUGGCUGUAUCUCUGUUGCCUCUCUUGCAUAUACUGGCAUUUUGAAUCUGAUUGAAUACGCGGGAGGCUACAUUCCUGCUUUGCUUUACAAUAACCAGGAACUGCUGAUAACCUCAUCAACUGCCGUCAUGCUCUCCAUUAUGGCCUCCUACUACAGAUAAUGGAUACAUUCUAAAGAACUUAGGGAGAGCCCAAGACAGGUCACCAUAUACCGGCUUUCUUCUCAGUUAAUUUUGACUUAAAUUUUGUCAAAUGAGGUUUCAAUUAUUUUUCCAAUCUAGUAAGUAUGUGUAAAUACCAUCUUAUUAUCAGUAUGCUUUGUUCUUAAGUUGCUUCUUGCUGAUAGAAUAAAAAAUAUUUAGUUUUUUCUUCAGUAAAUGGGAUUGAACUCGAAAUUUAAUUUGGAAAAGAGAUCUCCAUCUUUUGUCUUGUGAUUA